CUCCCACCACUUGAUGACGCUCACAGGCUUCGAUCAAACCGUUGGUAGGCAGCUUUUGUUACCUGUCCAUCCCCAUCCCAUGCAUGAAACCUAUGAGCAUGCACGCCAUCAACCUCUUCUCCUUCCCUCCGCCGCAGGAAAUCCAACACGAUCGACGUUAUAUAUUAACUUCUUCCCCCGGCCCUCUCCAUCCGCUACUGGAUCGCUAGCUCCUCCGUCUCCAUAUAUCCCUAAUUAGAUAUUAUCCGGUGAUGGCCGACGAGUCCUCUGAUCCCGGAGGCGGCACCCUUCCGCCGGAGCAAGGCAUCAAGUGCCCCCGCUGCGACUCCUCCAACACCAAGUUCUGCUACUACAACAACUACAGCCUCUCCCAGCCGCGACACUACUGCAAGGCCUGCCGCCGCUACUGGACCAAGGGUGGUGCCCUCCGCAACGUCCCUGUCGGCGGCGGCUGCCGCAAGAACAAGCGCUCUUCAAGGUCGUCCUCUGCCUCCUCCGCCACACCGUCCCGGAUCUACCCCUGCGGAGCCUCCGCGGGCCUCGAUUUUUUCUCCUCUCUGCCCUUCUCCAGGCCGCCGGACAACUCGCCGCACGGCGGCGCCCCUGUUUUGGGAUUUAGUCACUACCCGACGUCCUCCGCCAUCAGCGUCUACGGCGGCGAGGGCGGUUUCUCCGCUUCUUCUUCUUCGCGCGUCGGCCGCGGCAUCCAUGCGAUCGCGAGCAGCAGCAUCGCCGCGUCGAUCGAGUCCUUGAGCUCGAUCAACCAAGACCUCCAUUGGCGGCUGCAGAGACAGAGGCUCGCCAUGUUUUUCAACGACGCGACGCCGUCAUCGGCGCUCGCGACUCCGACGUUAGGCGCCAUAUCGUCCCUCGACGAUGAGAUAUUGGAGCUCGGGAACAGUAAUUCGGCCGCCGCCAAGACCUGUGGCGGUGCCGGAACUCCGGCGUGGCUCAUGGAACCUUCUAAUUAUGGCGCGCGCGUGCCCGUUACCGCCGGGGACGCCACAUCGGCCUACGCCGCCGCUAUGCCAAUGGCCAUCAACAACGGCGACGACAGCAACGCCGGAAUUUGGAGUGGAAGUCCGUGGCCGGCAUGGAGCCUCGACAUGCCGCAAUUUGGCACGCUACCUUAAGAGCCAAUUAAAAUAAUGCAGGUAUAGUUUUACAUCUCCAUUUUUAU